AUGGCAGAUGCUGCUACUUUAGCUAAGAUAAGUGAGCUUAUCAAGUCCGAAGAUGAUUUGGGCAAGAUCAGUUCACUUCAACAACAAUUCAUGAAGGAGAAAGCAUCAGUUGAUAUCAAACUCUCCGCUGGAACUCAACGACAAAUUGAAUCGAUUAUGGAUAAUCUAAAACAAUUGAACAACACUGCCAAGCGACUUGGGUCCAUUAAAUCAAACAUGGCGAAAGUGAAUACUUUGUAUGAAGAUUCUAUCAUUUCGGUUGAGAAUUAUGAAUUGAUAAGAAAGAUGACAACUGUGAAUCAAUUUUUAAGUCAAGUUGCUAAUUUAUAUGAAGAUAUUUCAGGAUAUAAAGAUUAUCUUGAGAUCUUAGAAAAACAGAUUGAUUAUGAAUUGGGCAAAAUGAAGCAAGAUUUGACUUAUUCUUUACCUCAUAUAUUUGAAAUUCAUUAUGUUUUUAAUCAAGCGAGAAAUUUCCAGGAUUAUUUGGAAGAUUAUUCCAAAGAUUUAUCGGAUGAUUUGCAAUCGAUUAUAUUCAAGAUUGUGGCUCCAGUGAAGAAAACGAUUAAGAUGUAUGAGGAAUUAUUGACCGAAGUUAUAAUUGGAUUGACUGAGGCUGCGAAGGAGAAGAAUCAUGAAUGUAUAUUUAGGUUAAUUAAAGUGAUUGAAUAUGAAGAUAAAGAAGAUAUGAAGUUUUCAUUAAUGGAGAAUCUUAAAUUGAAUUCAGCCCGAGAUGUUAGAACGGUGAAUUAUGCACAAUUUAGAAGAUCAAGAAGAAAUUACAAAAAGUUCUUUUAUCAGAAAUUGGAAGCAUCGUUUGAAGAAACGUUUGAAGCAUGUGUUGAACAUUAUCAAGAUGAUAAGAUGUUGGUAUAUGACCAUUUGGAUUGGUUGGAAGAUGAAUUGUCCUAUGUUUAUAAUGAUUUAGAACAGCUUUUCCCUCCCAAUUGGAAGAUUAGUUCAUUUAUUCUGGGAGUUUAUUAUAACCUAUUACAUAAAUUCACAUUAGGAAUUAUUAAUAGCGAUCCUACUGCUGAGGAUUUAUUAAGGAUUUUAUCCUAUGAUUCCCAUUAUACUAAAUUCUUAGCAUCAUUACCUCCACCACCAUCUGAACAAAAGGCAAAGACACCAAUUGAAAAAUCGAUCAUGGGAGAAGAAUUAAAGAACGUCGUGUUGGAAGAUUAUAUGAAGAUGAUUAUGGCCAAGAUGAACGAAUGGAAUGAAAAUUUAAUGAAACAAGAGACUGAAUCAUUUAAACAAAGAACAGUCUCACCUGAUAUUUAUCCAUAUCGUCAAAUUAUCGAAGAUGAAGAUGCCAAUAAUCAACUCAUAACCUAUCAAAUAGAAACCGAUGUCUAUGUCUUGCCUGAUUUCAAGACCCCAUUGACUUUACUUAAGGAACAGGCUGAAGUAGCUGCUGGAUCGGGAUAUUCCAAGAUUAUGGUUGGUGUUAUUGAAAACUGGGCAAAAUGUUAUACUCAACGUACGGCAAAUUUUCUGAAAUUGGUAGAUGAUGAAAUAGCGAGAUAUUUGUCGAUUAAUAGUAAUGAGAAGUUUUUACUUAAAGAAAGUAAGACCUCUCGAUUGUUUAGAAAGAAAAAUACGCCUGAAGUUCUUGAUGUUGAGAAUAUGACGCCUGAAGAACUUGAUGAGGUUUCGAGACCGGGGUUGCUUGAAUAUUUGACAGCUUUGGGGAAUACUUAUGAACUUAAUACAAGUCGACUUGUGGAAAAGUUUUUGCCCAUGUAUAAAGAAAAGGUACAUACUAAUUAUCAGGUUCGUCUCACGCAAGCUUUUGAUGAUUUACUUGGUCCAGCCACGGACUUAAAUAUUCAAAUUGUGGUUACUAUUGUUGGCAUUAUCAUGAACGAUUUGUAUCCUGCUUUAUCACAACUUUUCACUAAGAAAUGGUAUGAAGGGUCCACCCAGACUUCUGAUGAAACAGAAAUGUCCCAUUUAAUCGUGGAGACAAUUGCUGAGUACAUGGAAGAGCUUAGAGGGUAUUCGACUUAUGAUAUGUAUCUGAUUACAUUUGCUGUGUUAUUGGAUUCAUUUAUUACUAAUUAUUUACGGAUUGGAUAUGAGAAUAUUCUUCAUGGUGAUGCUAAAAAAAUCGAUCCAAACGCGACAAAGAAAUAUAAAUCAUUCACAGAAGCCAUUGGACGUGAUGUCACGGCCUUUUACAAGGGUCUAGAACACUUGUUUACCCGAAAGGAUCAAGCAUAUCUUGCAAACACAUUAAGAGCACUUGAAUAUCUUGGUGAUUUGGGUACUUGCGAGAAUCCAAUGAAGAUAAUUCCCGAAAUCUGGGAGCAUGAAAUUUUGAGUAUAUUCCCUAAUUGUUCAGUUGAAUAUGUGAGGGGAGUAUGUUUGUGUAGGAAGGAUAUGGAUAAGGCACAGGUGAAUGAGUUGAUUGGGGUUUUGGAACAGAUCAAAAAGGAAUAUCAUGCAAGUGUUCCUCCCCCAGACACAUCGAAUACAUUCUUGAAUGACUUUGGGUUUAAGAUUUAG